CCAGGUUAAGACAGAAGAGCGCGAGCAGCCCAAUGACUGACACCGGAUGCGUGUCGUCACACGUCCUGUAAUCUGCUUUGAUUUUAGAGCCGCUUAUUCCAGACUGCUGCUGGAUAAAUAGUAACAGUGAUGAAGAGCUUCAGCGGAAUUCGAGCCGCUUUUCACAUAUUCACAAGAGACCUCCAUCAUCAUCACUGUGUGGGAAUAAUAGGUGCACCUUUUUCUAAAGGACAGCAGAGAGAUGGUGUGCAGAGAGGAGCAGACCUCAUUCGAGCUGCUGGAUUGGUGCAGAAACUUAAAGGGCAAGGUUGUGUAGUGAAGGAUUAUGGGAAUCUGACUUUUGAGGACAUCCCCAAUGAUGAGCCCAUUGGCAGACUGAAGACUCCGAGAGCAGUCGGCCGUGCCAAUGAGCUGCUCGCAGGAGCUGUGCUGAAGAUCAAGAGCGAUGGCAAUACUUGUGUGAUGCUGGGAGGAGAUCACAGCUUGGCGAUUGGUUCGAUCUCUGGUCAUGCCGCCUCAAGACAUGAGCUGAGUGUUUUAUGGGUGGAUGCACACGCAGACAUCAACACACCUUUAACCACACCAACGGGAAACAUUCACGGCCAACCGCUGUCGUACCUCAUACAUGAACUGCACUCAAAGAUUCCCAUAAUUCCACAUUUCUCAUGGUUAAAGCCUUGUGUAGCAGCUAAGGACACUGUCUACAUUGGACUCAGAGAUGUGGACCCAGAAGAAUAUUAUAUCCUGAAGCACCUUGGAAUCAAAACGUUCUCCAUGACAGAGGUUGAUCGGCUUGGAAUAGCAAAAGUAAUGGAGCAGACGUGUGAUCACAUGUUUUCAAAGGUGAAAAAACCCAUCCACCUCAGUUUUGACAUUGAUGCACUGGACCCAUCGGUCUCACCUGCAACAGGCACACCUGCAGCGGGAGGACUGACCUACAGAGAGGGCAUUUACAUCACUGAACACAUCUGUCAGACAGGUGAGAACAUGAGGAUAUGUCCAUCUCUAAAUGGUCUUCUCUCUGUUGUAGACAUGGUGGAAGUGAACCCAAAGCAGGGCAAAACAGAGGAUGAAAUUAAAUCAACAGUAAACGCUGCUGUGGAUCUGUUACUGAGCUGCUUCGGACGGGUCCGCGAGGGGUCUCAUGAGCCCGACUACCAAAUUCCAAAUCCAUAAAUCACAGGCUUUAUUUUUGUUAUUUUGUUUUCUUUUUUUGUUAUAUUUACUUACUGGCAUCAUUAUUUAGGCCAUCAUGCCAUUUAAAUUGAAUUUAAAAGGG